AAUUAUUUUACUGCAACUCCUGAAACAGGUCUCUUCAGGCUGUCUCCUAAAAGCAAAUAACAAAAACCCUAUCAAAUAUGAAUUAGCUCAAUUUGGCGGCUAGGGUUUAGUUUGUACCAUUCCUGUUCAUAUUUGGACUUUGUAUAUAAACCUGUUUGUUGAAGCUAUAAACUUGUCAUCGUUAUGAGCCAAAUUUCUCAUCUGGGUUUUGUCUAAAUUCUUUUAUCAACCAUUCAUUAAUUCUCUCAAGUAAGUCCCAAAUUCUAUUGUUUUUGUUUAAUUUUCUUUGGUUUUGAUCAAAAUAUAGAUCCGGGUUUUUCUUUCUUUGCCCAUUCUUGAUUCAUUGAUUCAGUUCUAAACCAAAAGUUCAUAUCUUUGGUGAAAAGUUUGUGUCUUGGUGCUAAAGAUUGCAUCUUUCUUGAUUGGUUUGUUAGAUUUUAGUGUUAUAAAUCAAGGGUUUUUGAGGUCUGAGUUAGUUCUUCUCAAGAAGUUUGAUUCUACAUUGUAGAAAUAUGAGUUACCCUGAUUCCCCUGUUUCUUUUAUGGCAUCACAGGCCUCGUAUCAAUCAGGCAGUGAUGCUAUUGAUGUGUGGCCUCAAUUUGUAACGAAUAACAAUGAGCAAUUUGAACAACAACAACAACAACACCAACCUCCUUAUAAAAGACCUAGAAACUCUGAGGACAAUUCCAACCAAUCCAUGAGUUCUAGGGUGCCACCAACAAACAGCCUUCCAGUCCACAAGGGAACAACCAACAUCUUUUUCAAGACGAGAGUGUGUGCAAAGUUUAAGACUGGUACUUGUAGGAAUGGUGAGAAUUGCAAUUUUGCUCAUGGAAUGCAAGAUUUGAGGCAGCCCCCACCAAAUUGGAAGGAACUAGUGAGUGUAGGUGUAAAUAUUGAAGAGGAUAGGUCAACAGCGACGAAUCGGGAAGAUGACCUGAGGAUAAUUCACAAGAUGAAGUUGUGCAAGAAGUUUUAUAAUGGUGAGGAGUGUCCUUAUGGGGAUAGGUGUAAUUUCCUUCACGAGGAUCCAGCAAAUUUUAGGGAGGACACGGGGAGGUUCAGGGAGAGUUCUGCAAUAAGUAUAGGGACUACAGACCACCUGAUGGGCCAAGGAAGUGGCGUCUUUAAUGCUGCUGAAGUUAACAGGCCUGCAAACACUGCUGUUUCGGAUGCUCCUCGAUCAAAUUUAAUAAAGCCUGUCUAUUGGAAGACAAAGUUGUGCACUAAGUGGGAGAUGACAGGUCAAUGCCCCUUUGGAGAGAAAUGUCACUUUGCUCAUGGGCUAGCAGAGUUGCAAGUUCCUGGUGGACGCACUGAGGUGGAAGCAGGAAAUGCAGGCUCCACUGUGACUAAAGCACCAACACCUGUUCUUCCUAAUAACAUGUCUCCAAGUAUGACGGUGAAUGUGCCUAGUUUAGUUGAAGAAAAGGGUACGAAAUGUUUAUUAAAGUGGAAAGGACAGAAGAAAAUAAAUCGGAUUUAUGCUGAUUGGCUUGAUGAUCUGUCAUUAGUGCACAACUCGACAAACCAGGUGCAGAGUUGAGUUUGAGUUCAUAGUUAAAGUUUGCACUGUAUUCAUGUUUUAGUCGAAUCAAGAGUUUUUUGACUGUUCUGUUUCCAAGGUUAAAAUUUUGUACUACAGAAUGUUGAGUUGUCCGAAGUCACAGGAGAUGAGGCAUUUUAACAGUUUUCUUUUUUCACCCAUUGUUUUCCUUCAUUGAUAUGUUCUUUUUGCAGAGUGGAACUAGCCACCAUUGAUUCUUGGCAAACACACAAAAAUUGAACCCAAACAAGAGUGAUAAACACACAUAGAAGCAGUGUACAGAAGGCGGGCAUUUCAGGGGGAAGACAUGGUUCUAACUAUAACCGAGUUAAUGCAAUGCAAGUUAUAAAUCAAAGAGAAGUGCCCAGCAAUAUUGAACAAUUGAAAGAAAGCUGAGCUUGUGAGGGGACAAUCAAUUAAGUUGGAAACAACAAUGGUGUUGAUGACCUUGACUCUAUAAUUCCUGGGAUCCUCUCAAAUCGUCGAAAUUUGAAGUGAUUCAUCAAUUAUUUAUGCUUGACUAGAUGAUGUUCUUCUAGGACAUGCAACUCUAUUUUUUUACAAUGCCUUUAUUUAUACUAAUAUAAAAGAGGGAGCAUCAUGCCUAUACAAGAUCA